AUGAGCUGGCACCUGCUCGCCCAAGCGGGCUACCCGCCAACUCUUCACUUCCCUUACCGGCCACCAGGUGCACCGUCGUCGACCUGGUACGGUUCGACGUCGACCUCCCCGAACCCGGGGACGCCCCCACUGCCCUCAACACCGACGCUGCGUACAGUCCCCCUUCCAUCGACCGGUGACUACGAACUUUACCGCUGGGAUGCGCGUAUUCCUCCGACGCCCCCAACGGCGACCAAGGGCAGACCCCGAGCGCCUGCUGCGCUCCUGUUCCAGGUCGAUCCUCUCAUCGCCUACACGCCGCAAGAAUCAGUCGCGCACCCGUCAGACGCUUGGGACCUCCUCCGCGACCCCAGCACGAUUCAGCUUCUAGACAACCAUUCGCAGGCCCUCAAGCGGCAUGAUCUCACCGCUUGCUGGGCCGUACGAGUCGCAGGCCUCCAGAACGGCGAGCAGCCGCUCUGCUCGCUCGUCCUCAUCUUCCGGGGCCUCCCGCUGCAGAUCAAAAUUCCACCGUCGCACGUCUCCUCGCACGACAACCGCCGCGGUCGCGGCGCCUUCGUGUCCAUCUGGGACGUGCUCGCGGGCCUAUACAACGGGCUACGGGCACCAGUCGAUCAGGCGCUGCUCGCCGCGCUCUCCAGCCCAGACAAGGAGAGGGUAUGCCGCGCCGCAGUCCGGCGGAUGCAGGUGCUCGAGGCAGACCGCCAGCAGGGGCAGCGACACGUCCUGAGAAACGUCGACCUCCUCGGGGGCCGUCGUUUUCUUGGCAUCCGGGUGGCCACCCCCAGCGAGGUCCAACCCUGGUACUGGCAGCUCGGCGACUCGGCGGUGUUCGUGGUCGAGGUCGGCAGCGGUUAG